AUGCCAACUCUGAACGAAGAAGAGAAGACCGUCAUUCAAAGAAGACAAACCACGGAGAGAAGGCUUCAUUCUCUUCUUGCUCAUCUUCAAUUGCUCGGAAUUCCAUCUCCGUUUUUCAGACAUGCCUCUCAUGCUGUUCAAUAUGCGAAUCAUCAUCUCUUGAGCACAAAUCAUCAUGAUGGGAAUGAUGAUCGGAACAAUAGCACGGUGAACCUUCAUCCAUCUUCUUCUUUAUCCUCUGAAGAUGCAGCAACAUCCAAAACGAAAUUAUCAAAGGCAACAAGAAAACAAGAAGGAAAGAUUAUUCUGAAUAGUAAUAAUAAUGGACGAACCAACAACAAGUUAAACUCUCUUGAAAACUUGUACCGAAACUUGAGACCUCAUGCACUUCAGUCUUCACAGACCACCCCGAAUAGUCGAGAGGAGCAACUCAACAAAACGCUCCAACAAAUGGCUGUACAAUCGACCAAAUCAAGAAUUGGAGGUUCCGAUGUCUUACUGCAAUUUUCUCCUCUAGUGACAGGCCAAGUCAGACAUUCACAAGUCACUUACAUUUCUCCUCACUCGGCUUCGGAAUCUGCAGAUUCAACCUCACUGCAAGCUGGGAUUCUUUUGGUAGCCUCAACAAGGGCGGACGUGAGAAGAGCUUUUAUUGAGAGAUUAUGUCAAGCUGCUGUAGAAAGAUCGGCGCUUGUCUACUCGAUUGCCACUCAGGGAGGUGUCAAUGUAUCGACCGAUGGAGUCUACAAGUUAUCGACGCAUCCAACCUUGUCGAGGAGAGCAAUUUUGAAUGCAUUGCUUAGACAUGGAGCUCAUUUACUUGUGUUUGGAACGAUUAGCACACGAGACGAUGUCAUGUCCUUGAUGGAUGCUGCUUACACAGGUUAUCAUUGUGUUGCUGAAAUUUAUGGGGAAUCUGCUCAUGAUGUGCUGUCGAGGUUGGAAGCUAUUGGUGUCGACGUUUCCAUGUUGCCUCAGAACUUGAGAAUUGUGGUGCCAGCCAUUCCUAGCGUCGCUACUGCCAGCACACAGUAA